AUGUCUCUUUAUGGUCUUAAGCAAUCUCCGAGAGCUUGGUUUGGCAGAUUCAGCACUGUAGUACAACAAUUUGAUGAUAUUGUCAUAACUGGUAGUGAUCAGCAGGGUAUACUCCAGUUAAAGCAACAUCUCUCAAAUCAAUUUCAGACAAAAGAUCUUGGUAAGCUUCGUUAUUUCUUGGGUAUUGAGGUAGCCCAAUCUAUAGAUGGUUUGAUGAUUUCUCAACGGAAAUAUGCUAUGGAUAUUUUGGAAGAAACAAGUUUGUUGAAUGCUAAACCAACUAAUACCCCUAUGGAUCCAGGUGAUAAACUACUAUCCAAUCAGGGGGAGCCUCUAUCUGACUCGGGAAGGUAUAUAGGAUUGGUUGGAAAGUUGAAUUAUUUCACCGUCAGUCGUCCAGACAUUUCUUUUGCAGUUAGUGUGGUAAGUCAGUUCUUAAACUCCCCUUGUCAGGAACACAUGGAUGCUGUUAUCCGGAUUCUGAGAUACAUCAAACGUACUCUAGGAAAAGGUCUAGUGUAUGAAAAUAAAGGACAUACUCAGAUAAUUGGAUACUCCGAUGCUGAUUGGGCAGGGUCACCCAUUGAUAGACGAUCCACCUCUGGGUAUUGUGUACUUGUUGGAGGAAACCUUAUAUCCUAG